AUGACGGAGGAGUUUGCCAGAUUGUUUGUAGCUCGUGCAGUGGACAGGAUAUCAGAUCCAAUGGAGAUGCAUCCCACUUUUGACGAUAAUGAGGAGGAGGGAGGCGCUGACAGAGGAUUUGAUGGAGGAGAGGGUCAAGGUCAACGAGGGAGAGGAGAUCAGGGUAGGAUAGGAGACAGAGAAGAAGAAUCGGCAGGAGAUUCUGCUAGUGGAUUCGACAAUGGAAAAGAUUGGGUAUUUUAUGCUAUGAAGGAAGAUGAUCCUGAACUAGUUAUCAAGAAUGAGGAAAAGGCCCUUGCAACAAAAGUUGAAGGCACAGAUGAAUGGCUAAUAGACAGUGGACGUUCUCAUCAUAUGAGAGAUCCUGCAAAUCCCACGCCACCAUUUGAGGAUGACAAAACACUACGACAGGGGACGAGGAGGAGAUUAGGUAGGGGUGGCGGAGAUGGUAGGGGAGAUGUAGGAGGUGGAGGUGGUAAAGGUGGUGGAGGUUUUGGAGGAGGAGGUGGAGGUGGAGGAGGUGGAGGAGGGGGAGGUGGAGCAGAUGGAGGAGGAUGGUUAUAG